CCUAAACUAACUACUCGCUAAUUACUUUUAAUUUCUGAUUUUAAUCUCCUAUAUAAAGUCAGAUCACUCUUUUCUUCACUCAGUGUCUUUGACCCGUAGCAAUUACCUCUUCUCUCAAUUCAAACUCCAGUUUACCACUUCGCUAUUUUUUCAAUUUUAACCUUACUUUUGUGUGUGUUAUUUUUUCUCUCUACUAGUUAGAUAUUAAGAAGGGGAGUUUCAGUUAAUAUCGGUUUGAUCUUUUUGUAAUCAUGCGGUUUCUUUUCGAUGUCACAAAAAGAAUCCAAUCAACGUGAGUUGCAAGCUUUUCUUAGGAAAUAAAGUGUCAAAAAGUUUCUAUUUCAGGACAUUCCAAAUAUUUAGUAGAUUUUGAUCGCUACAACUAUCUUUUGUCGCAAACAACAAAUGUGAAUGAUGCAAAUGGUGGGAAGUUCAUGUUUACCUCCAGGAUUCAGAUUCCAUCCAACAGAUCAAGAGCUCAUAGGCUAUUACUUAAGUAGAAAAGUAGAAGGUCUCGGGAUCGAGCUUGAAGUCAUUCCUGUUAUCGAUUUAUACAAAUUCGACCCUUGGGAGUUACCAGAUAAAUCUUUCCUUCCUAAUAGGGACAUGGAAUGGUUCUUUUUCUGUCCAAGGGACAAAAAGUAUCCAAACGGUUUACGAACCAACAGGGCUACAAAAGCCGGUUACUGGAAACCGACUGGUAAAGACCGGAAAAUUACUUGUAAAUCGUCGGGUGUUAUAACCGGGUACCGGAAAACACUAGUCUUCUAUGAAGGUCGUGCCCCAUUAGGUGCUAGAACUAACUGGUUUAUGCAUGAAUAUCGUCUAAACGAUGACGAUCUUUCUCAAAGAUCACCAAAUUUCAAGGGAGCUUUCGCGUUAUGUCGUGUAGUCAAGAAGAGCCAACUUAAGACUAAAACUUCGAAAAAUAAAAAUGAACAAGCUAUUGGCUCUGGUUGCUCUAGCCUUGCGACUUCUCCACGUCGUGAUGAAACGACGCAGUUUCAAUCAUUCGAACCUUGUUCUACUACGAACAAAUCUUCUCGCAUGUGGCUAUCUCCUGAUUUCAUCCUUGAUUCCUCCAAGGAUUAUCCUCAUAUUCAGGAUGGUGCUUCUGAGUUUCCCAACUAUCAUUUUCCAGUUAAUGCGGCCAACUACCACGUGGGACUUCCGAAGAGUUCUUAUUUGAACGUUGAUCGGAACAUUGACCAAUCAAUGCAAGCCGGUUAUUGGCCAAAUUAUGAAUACGACCAAACCGGUUCAUUCGGCUACACAAACCUUUUCUAGGUAGAAGGAAAUGUGUGGGAUUCUCUUCUGAACAGAAACGCCUUUUAACGUUGGAGUCCUGGAAGAAGAGUUGUCAUAAAGUUGGAGUUUUAUUUUUCUGCUAAAAAACUUGAAGUUCUUGCAUUUUAUAUGUAGAGAAUAAUUAUAUGGUUGCUUUUGAUUAUGUAUUUUAUAUUACUAAUACAUUUUGUAUUUUAUAUUUACUAAUACAUUUUGUAUGCUGUGGAAUGACUAUUUAAA